AUGGUCGAAAGUGCACAACCUUAUAAACCUUCUGAUCUAAAGGAUUCCCAGCAGGCCUUAAGUGGUCAUAGGGUGCCAAGAAUCCAUGGAAAGUAUGCAAUAGCGGAGAGAUGCUGCAGCAAAAUUCAGAAUGGCCCCUCUAUGGUACUUAGACUUGGAACGCUCAAUGUUGGAUCACUGACUAGUCGCAGCAUGGAAACUGCAGAAAUGCUCGAGCGUAAAAGGAUUGACAUCUGCUGCCUUCAGGAGACCCGAUGGAAAUCGAAUGGUGUCUGUCAUAUCAACCCAGACAAUGAAAAAUAUAAACUAUUCUGGAAUGGUCAAAAGACGGCCAAAAAUGGUGUUGGAAUUUUUUUCAAAGAACCGCUAGCCCAGGAAAGAAAAAAACAGAUGGUUUUAACAAAAGACAUGGCGGUUUUGGCUUUAGAGAACGGAAUGAAGAUGGCAACCGCAUCCUUGAGUUUGCUGAAAGUCACGGGCUUUGUUUACUGA